UCUAUGGAAAGAGGAAGACACUGGAAGAUGAGAGUGCAGUGGCAAUUUUGUGUUUUCUUCACGAUUUUAGGCUGCCUGGUAUAUGGUGUUCACUGCGAGCCAUCAGUAUUGCCCAGUGAAUGUGCCCCAUGGACACGGCUGUCCAAUGGAAUCAACCAGUACCAGGGAAAGCAGAAUAAAGGCAUGGACAUAGCCUGCAAAGACCACAGCCAUGACAAGUGUGAGCAGCUGGAUUGUGGAGGCAGAUACAACCUAGAUUUUGUUAGUAUGGAGUUAAACGUGUGCAUGGGUCUAGUCUUCCAUCACUGCAACAAUCCUCCAGCUAUAGAGGUCAAUAUACAGCUACCAACUCUAAACAGCACCAUCCACAAACUGAUAGUCCACAACAGCACCAUUCCCGUCCCAGGCCUGAGUAGAAAUGUUGGCAGAAAUCGAGCCGAAGUUGUAUUGUAUGUGGAACUCAUGAGAAGGAACACAACAAGCUUUUUCUUCAGGAUGUCGGGACGUGUUCGUCUGACCACAACCGUGUUUGGUCGUGAGAUCACCGACUGGCCGGAACAUUUACAGAGAGAUAUAAUCACUAUUGACAAUAUCCCAGUGAGUAGAUGUAGCACAACGACCAACGCAACAUUGUCACCACUCAAGGUGUGUGAUGUCAGCGAUUACAUCGGGACCGCUCCGGACUCAACCGUAAAACCUUCUGCACCAAUCAAAAUCACUUCAAUACACUACAAUAAAUCCUGUACAUCGGGAUCGAUGAGACAGUCCCAGUGUGGUUACGGCGAAGCCUGCAUCAACAAUCGCUGUCUGUGUGCCUACGACUACCAGUUAUCCUCUCAUGGUGUCUGUGAUUUUAUCGGAAAAACAAGACCGGGACCUAUACUAAACAUACCUAUCAGUCAAUUGGAUCCAUCCCAACCAGGGGUGCCUCUGUCUGCGGGACAGAAUCAAUCAUCGAACCCCACCAAGGUCAAUAAGACAGCCAUGAUAAUCGGAGGUUCUGUAGGAGCUAUAGUGCUUGUGGCGGUCGUUGUUAUAGUCGUUGUCAUGGUGAUCCGUAAGCGUGGGUCACGGUACCAGGGACGGGAGCUUCUCCUCACUGAGGACGACACUGAUGUAGCAAUAUAAAGCAGCACACAACAUGUGAAUGUGAGAAUGAAGAAACUACUGAGAGUGUUAAUAACUGACAGGUCAGGGGAGGUAACCCCUCAGUUCGGGAGGUGGGCGACACAAGUUAUGAAAAUUAUUUAUAGAUCUGUAAGGCACUGUUUAUUUAUGUAAUGAAGUGAUUCACUUAUUGUAUA